AACGCAACGCGGAGUCAGUGUGACGAAGUGCGUCGUGCGCAGCGGCAGCGUUUUUCCUUCCAUUCCCCUCAGAAAAUCGAGAAAGUGCCGAGUAUCUGUGUGAGUGCGGGCAGUGAAAGAUACAGAUACAGUUACAUCUUGGGCCACAUGUGUGUUCGUUGGCAGGAAAACCAUGCAUUUUCAGUGAAUUUUUAAACAACAACGAAUUUUGGAGCGAAAAAUCAACCAAUUUAAGUGGGAAUAAGAUAGUUGAGAAAACAAGGAGACAGCAUGGAAAACUUACAGCAGGAAAAUGGAUUGCAAAGGAGGACCAGUCAGAGUUCCACUUCGUCAGCAAAUCCUGCAAAUCCUGCGAGUCCUGCCGAGGAAUGCGGCUGUGUGCGCCUGGGCAAAUGCAAAUGGUUCAACGUGGCCAAAGGAUGGGGCUUCCUAACCCCCAACGACGGCGGCCAGGAGGUGUUCGUCCAUCAGAGCGUCAUCCAAAUGGCCGGUUUCCGUUCGCUGGGCGAACAGGAGGAGGUGGAGUUCGAGUGCCAGCGCACGUCGCGCGGUCUGGAGGCCACCAGGGUGUCCGGGAAGCAGGGCGAGAACUGCCACGGCAGCACCUACAGGCCACGCAUAAAUCGCAGGACUCGCCGCAUGCGCUGCUACAACUGCGGCGAAUUCGCCAACCACAUUGCCUCCGAAUGCGCUUUGGGUCCUCAGCCGAAGCGUUGUCAUCGCUGCCGUGGAGAAGACCACCUCCAUGCCGACUGCCCGCACCGUAAUGCGACCCAAAACCACAGCAACAGCGACAACAGCAGCAGCAGUGGCAUUCAAGAAAAGGGCGAUGAGGCCACCUAGGCGAUCCGUGGACAAAGGAUUGGUAGUUGGAAGUUCCAAACUUCUUUGAAAAGUACAAAAUGGAAAUCUAAGAAAAAAAAAUCACACGCAUCAAAUCAAAGAAACCCACGUACAACAAAACUAGCUACUACUUUUAGAUAUUAGGCGGGGGAUGAAACCACCCCCAAAGACCAGGCUAUCCUAAGUUUAUCCUCUAUUUUAAUAUUAUUUUCUAGGAACCAUAGAUACUAAGGUUUUUGACUAGAGCGCAAGUAAAUGAAUUAAGCUAGAGAGUA